AUGUGUCUCGCGCACGAGCCCUCACUUCCAGCGUAAGAGAAAAUUUUCGAAUAGGCAUUUCGAACGGUCGAAAAAUGACCAACCAAUUCAAGAGUAACAUUUUGAACGGUCAAAAAAUGACCGACCAUUUUGAGAGUGACAUUUCGAACGGUCAAAAAAUGACCGACCAUUUUCAGAGUGACAUUUCGAACGUUCGAAAAAUGACCGACCAUUUUCAGAGUGACAUUUCGAACGGUCAAAAACCAACAUGUCAUUCUGAAGUGACAUGUUGAAAUGUUGAAACUCCAACCGUUCGACCAAUGACCAUUUAUUAUGACAUGUUGAAAAAAUAUUGGUCGAACGGUCGGUCGAACGGUCAAUUUUCGAAACUAUAAUUCCUACUGUUCAUUGAAGUCCGUGAAGUCUGAAAAAAUAUGGGACGAAAAAUAUUUUUUCGACAAAUAUCUCGACCUUUCGCACUUCGCGUGUUAGGAAAAAAGAAAAUUUAUUCGACUGAAAAGUGACAGGCGUUGAUGAUUAUUGAGUGAAAAAUAAGAACAAGUAAUGAGUCGUAGUCAGAAAAAAAAUUUUAAUUUUCAUCGAAUUUUUCUCGGAUUACACGACUGUUGUCAAAAGAUCAAAAAAAAAACACUGAUUAACAGAAAGAACUACCUUCUGAGAGGCUCUAACAACCGACGGAUUCCAGCAGGUGACGGUUCUGAAGAGCCGUUGAAAAAAGAAACAAGCAAUAGGUUUUCGCUUCUUGCUCAUUCUGGUGAGCCAACGUCGCGUAUCAUCAGAAACAUUGGUUAACCAUCGCCUCUAAAAAUUAUCAUCUCAAUACUGGUGUCAAAGAAAUAUUGCUUUAAAGGCUGCGUAAUUUACUAUCAAAAAAUAGAUGCGGAUCCAACAAGCCUUUUCUUCACUCACGCGUAUUAAUGCUGAUGAAGUAUACUGUAAAGUACUCAUAUCGUGAAAGCUGAAAAUUGAAUGAGUAAGCUUAAUCAUGGUUUAAGCGGGCUUAAAAUAUAUGAAAAACACGAAAAUGAAAUUGGUGAAAAUUUAUAAUUAGAAGCGAGAAUAAAACCAUCGUCGUCAACUUUAGUUUACAUCUUACACUUUGAACAGCAUAAAACACAGAAAGAAAAACUUCGAAAACCAAGAAAGAAUGUAAAGAAAUCAAAAAAUAGAAAAAAAACAAGAUUAAAAUGAAAUUCAAAAAGGCAGGCUUGUGCGAGGGCCGGCCCGUCACCCUCCCGGCCCCCCGACCAUUUCGUAAGCCCGGCCCGGCCCGGCCUUAGCGGGCCUCAAGAAAAAAAUGGCCCGCCCGGCCCGAAUCGCGCAAUUUUUUUCUAGUCGGAUAUAAAGUUUUUUUACGACAAAAAUUACGUUUUUUUGCUCAUUUUUUUCUCAAAGUUUAACAAAAAAACUAUGAUUUCAGAAGUAAAAGUCGCAUUUCGGUGAAAAAUUUUUUUAAAUGAAAUUUUUAAAUUUUUUUGAGGCCCGGCCUGAGCCCACGCGGGCUUUUUCCUGAAAAUAAGGCCCAAAACCCGGGCCAGGCCGGCCCGGGCCGGGUCGCCCGGCCUGACGCACAAGCCUGCAAAAAGGUCACGUGA